AUGGUCGACCAUUCUUUGCCCACGAAGCUCGUUUCCGUGGUUCAACACAACGAUCAACAUGGCUCAAGUGUCCCCCCUAUCUAUCAGUCGACAACUUUCAAGGUGGGCUCACUUGAGGAGGGUGCUUCGCAGGCGUAUGAUUAUACUCGUUCUGGAAAUCCCACGCGGACCGUAGUUCAGCAUCAGCUGGGUAAGCUAUAUGGCGUGGAUGCCUCGCAAGUGCUUGCCGUCAGUAGCGGAAUGACGGCGCUCGACAUGAUUUUGCGUGGAUUGGUAUUGAACAAUUCCGCUCACGUGCCCACGAUCAUCGCUGGCGAUGACCUAUACGGUGGAACACAACGUCUGCUCACACAUCUGGAGACCCGCAACCAUGCGCGUGUUUUGCAUGUCGAUACUACCAACUAUGACAGCUUUGUGAAGCUUUUCAAGCAACAACCACAAGUUGAUUGUGUUCUUUUAGAGUCUCCCACCAAUCCUCUUUUGAAGGUGGCAGAUCUGCCCAGACUUUGUAAAUUCAUCAAAUCCACAAACCCAGGCUGCGUCGUGGCAGUUGAUAAUACCAUGAUGAGUGGUAUGCUUUGCAACCCGCUUCAUUUCCGCUGUGAUGUGGUCUACGAAUCGGCCACCAAGUACUUAAAUGGUCAUCACGACAUCAUGGCAGGCGCUAUCAUCACUCGGACACCCAAGAUUGCGCAGGAUAUCUACUUCAUUGUUAACUCUACUGGUUGCGGGCUUUCGCCACUUGACUCGUGGCUGUUGAUAAGAGGCCUCAAGACACUUGGUGUCAGAAUGUAUCAACAACAACACAACGCCAUGGUACUGGCUCACUGGCUCGAAAACUCAUGCGGUUUUUUGAAGAAGAGCAAAAAAGAACGUACUUUGACUAGAUACGUGGGGCUUAAAUCACAUCCGCAAUUUGAUUUGCACAAAUCUUUCAAUUCCGGGCCUGGAGCAGUCUUAUCAUUCGAAACUGGAUCCUUCGAGCAUUCCAGGCGUCUAGUAUCAUCGCCCAAGCUUAAAAUUUGGUCUGUGACUGUUUCUUUUGGCUGUGUCAACUCGUUGAUCUCCAUGCCAGGCAAAAUGUCUCAUGCUGCAAUCGAUCCGGCACUGCGACAAGAACGGGAAUUCCCAGAAGAUAUCAUCAGGCUAUGUUGCGGUAUUGAAAGCAUUGCAGAUCUGCAAGAAGACUUGCUGGAAGCUAUGGUUGAUGCUGACAUCGUCGAGUUGCGCGAUGAGGGUAGGAUUAUUUAUAAUAAGCUGAACGGGCAUCUGGCGUCGAACACUAUCGGACAGGGCGAGCUUCCCAACAUCUACGAAGAAUUUUUUGGUCAGAACGGCAUCAAGCGCCAUUGCCUUCUCACCAGUCGUGCCAAACUCUGA